CACCAAUAUCGCGCGUGCCGUUUUAACAUUUUUCAGACCUAUUUAUACAUGUUACAUUUUUUUUAUCUAAAAACACACAUACUAUUGAUUAUAUUCAACCUUCAGGCCAUAUCUCCACUGCAAAACAUUGAUUAUAAGUAAUCAGCAAACAUGCUUUAACAGUAAACAUAUCUAAGUAACACCAAGCGACUUUUAUGCAGAUUCAUCGUGACAUAUUAUAACUCUUAGCAACUUAGAGGCAUUAUAUGUGCAGUAUUGGUUAAGUAUGUGCUUGCUUAUCAGCCUAGGAUGCCAUGCCAAAUGCUCUUAAGGAAAAUAAAUGGUCUUCGAAUAAGGUAAAAAAAACCCCUUGUCAUGGAUAAGUACCUGAUUAAAAGGUUUCUUCAAUGCCAGCAGCUACAGAACCUCCAAGACCCCAUCCUAAAAAAGGUCUGACCGUGACCCGGGCCGCCAGCUGGCGGAGGGGACUGCAGACCACUUCAAGUACCUUCUGCUCUGGGUUGCUGGAAGCUGAGCCUGCAUCUCUGUUGGUGGUGUGGCUCGGAGCCGUGCUCCAUGGGGCUGGGAGAAGGUGGCCUGCACCAGAGUUACCCAUCGUAGAGAGGAAAAACUGGCUGAUCUACCUGCUGUAUGUUCGCAGAGACUAUGAUGAAUGUAAGGCUGUCAUCAAAGAGCAGCUCCAGGAGUCUCAAGGGCUGUGCGAAUAUGCAGUCUAUGUUCAAGCUUUGAUAUUUCGCUUGGAGGGGAAAAUUCAAGAAUCUCUUGAACUUUUUCAGACAUGUUCCAUUCUGAACCCUCGGAGCGUUGACAACCUCAAGCAGGUGGCACGAUCUCUGUUUCUUUUGGGGAAGCACAAGGCAGCCAUUGAAGUGUACAACGAAGCAGCUAAACUCGAUGAAAAGGACUGGGAGAUCAGACACAACCUGGGUGUGUGCUACAUGUACCUGAAACACUUCAACAAGGCACAAGACCAGCUAAACAAUGCCUUGGAGCUCAACAGACACGAUCUGACUUACAUGAUGCUGGGGAAGAUUCACCUAUUGGAGGGGGAGACGGAUAAAGCCAUUGAAGUCUAUAAGAAAGCUGUAGAGUUUUCUCCAGAAAACACAGACCUCCUUACAACACUGGGGUUACUUUACUUGCAGCUUGGGGAUUACCAGAAGGCUUUUGAACACCUUGGAAACGCACUUACUUAUGACCCAGGCAACUACAAGGCUACUUUGGCAGCUGGCAGCAUGAUGCAGGCCCAUGGAGAUUUUGAUGUUGCCCUCUCCAAAUACAGGGUGGUAGCCAGCACCGUGCCUGAAAGCCCUCCGCUGUGGAACAACAUUGGGAUGUGCUUCUUUGGGAAGAAGAAAUAUGUAGCCGCUAUCAGUUGCCUGAAGAGGGCAAACUACUUGGCUCCCUUUGACUGGAAGAUUUUGUACAAUCUGGGCUUAGUCCACCUGACGAUGCAGCAGUACGCAUCUGCUUUCCACUUCCUCAGUGCGGCCAUCAACUUCCAGCCUAAGAUGGGAGAGCUGUACAUGCUCCUUGCAGUUGCUCUGACAAACCUGGAAGACGUUGAGAAUGCAAAACGUUCCUAUGAGCAAGCUGUGGCACUGGACAAGUGCAACCCCCUCGUCAACCUGAACUAUGCAAUUCUGCUGUAUAACCAGGGUGACAAGAAGGGAGCCCUCUGCCAGUACCAGGAGAUGGAGAAGAAGGUCAAUGCAGUGAAGGAGAGUAGUAUUCUUGACUUUGACCCAGAGAUGGUGGAGGUUGCCCAGAAGAUGGGAGCUGCCCUGCAGGUGGGGGAGAGCCUUGUCUGGACUAAGCCUUCUAAGGAGUCUAAAUCCAAGCAGAGAGCUGCUCCGUCAGGAAAAUCCUCUGGCGCUCAGCAGCCUUUGGGCUCUAACCAGGCGCUGGGUCAAGCCAUGUCCUCAGCUGCAGGGUAUGGGAGAUCCGUGCAGCUUCCCCCAGAUGCUGGAGCAUCACCUCCACCUGCAAAGCCUCCCUCGCUGCCUCUGGAACCAGAACCAGGCUCAGAAACGAGCCCUGAGGAGACCUCGGCACCAACAGGGGAUGAGGAACAGAAGAAAGAAAAGCGCAAGAGCCGGCAGGCAGCAGACUAGGCCAGACUUCACUCAGGACAGGCAGGUGCAGGAGCAUCUCCAGAGCUGCCUGCUGACUUGUGGGGAAAGGGACUUGCCCUCUCCCCCGACCCACAGUGGCUUCAUCCCACUGUCAGUUAGUCUAAAUGCAGCUGUUUUCUGUUAAUGAUUUUAGCACGUGGUCUCUACCUUGUCACAAGGAGUCCCUGCAGCAAUCAGAAGAGGUUUCUGCGUAGCUGUUAGUGUGGUCACAGCUGGCUGCAAGAGACAGGAAUGGAGAUCCAUCUCUCCAUGGAGCUGGCAGUCUUCAGUGUCUGGGUGGCAGUCCUCCAGUACAUUCAGAAAAGCCAGCAGCAGUGACUCAGCAUCCUGCACCUCAAAGAACCCCUUCCAGUAGCUGAACUUGUAAGUGGCUGAGGAAACCCUCCACAGGCUGUAGUAAGGUCAGUGGUACUACGCUGGGAGAGGGGAUGAAGGCAGCGCAGCUCACCAGGGCAAGUGCAGGCAGUAAGCCAGGCUCAGGACCAGCGCAGCCUGGCUUACUGUGAAACAGGGGCUUGUCACUCCCCGUUUCACAAGGACAAGGCUUUGUAAAUGCUUUGUGAGGGCAGAAAAAAGGAAGCUGAAGCAGCUGGGAGCUGGCUUUCCUGGCCAGGGCAAUGUCAUGGUCACGGGGCAUGAGAGGCACUUUAAAGCUCAUGUUUUCCUUAGUGGUGGCAGCCAUGAAAGGCAGGGGAGCUGCACAGGCCAGGGGAGCUGGUUUAGCACACAGACCAGUGGAGGAUGGGUGGCUGAAGCAGACCUGCCGUGCUGGGCUGACAGCAUGUGUGUUGGCCAGCUGAUGGAGCUGGCUUCGUUAAGAUUGUUCACCUUCUGAUCCCAGGGUCAUCCUGUGUAUUUCCUGAAUCCAAUCCAUUUUAAAGCAUAAACUUCUGUGUGGUAGCUAAGAAAAUUGCAAAGCUGGCCCACAGUAAGACAAGAUGCUGGCUGUUCUAGAAGCAGGCUGGCUGUGGCAGUAAAAAAGUCCACCAAAUUCUUGAUUGUUUGCUGAGAAAUGGGGUGAACGAGCGCAGUGAACCUCUGUGCAUGUGGCUGGAGAUCUGCCUUGAGAAUUGGUAUUGCUCGGCAUGGCGGGAAAGAUUGGUUUGCAGGGAAAAAAAGAGCAAGCCUUUUUGGAAAAGACGAUAUGGUCAUCUUCAAAGCUAAAUUUAAAUUGUUUUAGUAUGACAGCAGCCAUGCUCUGAAUAAUUUAGUUGUACCCUCCUUACAGCUGCAUUUUAGGAGAAAUCAUUUAUGUGAGCUGGAAGGCAACAAAGCAGCCCACUGGUGAGCAGAACAAGGAAUUUUAAUGCCCAUGUGAUACUAGACAUGUAUCUAGACAUGAAAAUGUUUCUAUCCUUGAACAGCAAAAUCUUAGCCCUCCUUUUCUCUGCUGCUAUCAGUUUGCUGUCUCUGGGAUGUCUCUGGGAUUUAUCCAGAGCUUGAUACGGGCCCUCAAAACAACUGCUUUUGGGACCUAAAGGUGGGAUCAUCAUAUAUAAAGAAACAGUAACUGGGUUAACUGUCGUUUUUCUCAUCUUCCCCUCUGUGCUGAGAAGUACACAAAGCCAUCAUGGCUGUGAGACUUUUGACCUGAGUUUUCCAAACAGAAGGUGUAGCACUUCCCCAACAAAACUGGAGCUUCAGGGUUCUCUGUGUGUGCUGGUUAAGCCACCCAGCUUUUUAAAAUGUAUCUAUCUCCUGUGUUUAGUUCUGCACCGUUGCAUUGUAUUACUCCAUAAUUAACAAGCCCAACAGAAGAAAGUUAGUAAUGGAAACGUCUCUGUAGCAACAAGGUAGAAGCAGCAUGACCAAGGCUCUGGAUACAUUAACAGCCUUCAGUUGUGCUGUGUGGGUAGCUGCCAUUAUCCAGGGUGACAUUAAUGCAUCUUUAGACCACAACCAGGAACUGAAGUGCUAUCCUGCUCCCUGGAGAACACCAAAAGAGUAGGAACCCUUUCUGUUUUGAUUGCUAAAACUGCCUGCUUAUCUCAAAUGUGGCUUUUUUUUCCAGCUGUCCUUUACUAAUGGGUUUUGUAUUGGUACAGCUUGAGGGUAGCACUCCUGUAAGGUUUCCCUCGUGCUAGGAGUUGAAGAAAACAGGAUCUUUUGUGGAACACUGGCAAACUGAAAGAAACCAGACAAGAACCAGUGUAAAUUGGUUGCAGCAAUUUAUUCACAUUAAAGGUUUUACACUGAAAGUUACUGCAGCAUAAAUGAGUGCCUGCGAAGAAGUUAAGAUUGCAGAGCAAGGGUAGGCUGCGUAUGGGAACCCUUUACCUCACCCCCAAAACUUUAGUGCAAGAUUACAGUUGAGUGCUGUAGUCCUUCAGCCUUACUGCAACCACACGGGCUUUCAAGCCAUGGAAGCUCCAGUACAAGGAACAGUGAUGAGAACAGCGUGAUUACAGGUAGGCGAGCACCAGCAUUGCUGACACAGGAAGAUUUUCCCUCCAUCUGCUUAUGACCCUCUGUUUUGAUUUUACUAGCUGCUUUACCCUGCCUUCUGCUUGUUGUAAAAAAAAGACUGCAUCAAACUCAUCUGCUGUAUUCAGUACAUGGGAGCAGGCCCUGUCCCACCAGUGCAACUUGUUACACCUUCUUGGCUGCUAGGAUGCUUUUAUAGGGUAAACCUUACAUGUUUAUGCACAGGGUGUAUCACAUUUGAAGGUACUGUAAAGGUAUUUAAAAUAAAUAUGUAUUUUGGUGAAAAGCUUA